UCACGCAUCGAUUGAUGGGCUGCCCAAGAUGCGCAACACCCUGAUCUUUGCCGGCAAUUCAUGCCCAGUUCUCACAGGCCAGAUCUGUGAGAAUCUGGGUAUGCUACCUGCCAGCGCCGAGCUUACUAAGUUCUCCAAUGGCGAGACGAGUGUCAGAAUCUUGACAAGCGUCCGAGAGAAGGAUGUCUUUGUCGUCCAGUCUGGAAGCUCUAGCAUCAAUGACUCCAUCAUGGAGCUUCUCAUCAUGAUCUCGGCAUGCAAGGGCGGCUCUGCUAACAAGGUCACUGCCGUCCUCCCUUACUUCCCCUAUAGCCGUCAGUCCAAGAAGAAGUCCCACCGAGGUGCUAUCACGGCUCGCAUGCUUGCCAACCUGAUGGGUGUUGCUGGUGUCAAGCAUGUAAUCACCGUCGAUCUUCAUGCAUCCCAGAUGCAGGGAUUCUUCAAAUGCCCCGUCGACAACCUCCAUGCCGAGCCCAUCCUCGCUAAAUGGAUCCGCCACAACGUCCCUAACUGGCGCGAAGCGGUUGUUGUUUCCAAGAAUGCGGGAGGAACCAAGCGAGUCACGUCGCUUGCCGAUGCGCUCAAGCUCAACUUUGGAAUCGUCACCACAGAUCGGAAGCGUGUCAGCAACAUGACGGCUAGUAUGAUCAUGAGACACUUCGAUCAUAGUGUCGAUAGCCAACCAGCGUUGGAAUCGAGCCGACCCGUUCCCAACCGGGGCGCCCGUGAGCCAGCACCCGAGCGGGAGAAGACUCCUAAGAGGGAUGUUACUCCUCCACGAACCUCGCGGAUUGUGACGGAUCUGCAGGGCUCCCCUAAGCGAGUUAAUGGCUCGUCGGCCCGCACUUCUAACCUGAGUCUUGCCGAGUCCGCGGAUGACAAUGUUACACCCCCAGCUCGAUCGCCCGAACCAUCAGUGGACGGCGAGGCCGACUAUGAUGACCACAAGGCACACGAGGUCACACAUGGCCGCCUAGUCCAGGGCCGUAUUGUUGAGGACGACUUCCCCUCCCCUGAUCGAUCCGCCGCCGAUGUCAGUCUACAUGACGAGGAUCCCAUGACCAUGUCCCAUGCGUCAUCGUUCUUUGCCCCCGAGCCUCAAUCUCUUGGAGGAUCCGGUGAUGCGGCAGGCAGCUCCGAUGAGGAGGACAAUGCGUUGGAAAAUCCCAACGCCGAGCACAUGAUCACCUUGGUCGGAAACGUCAAGAACCGGACCGUCUUCAUCGUGGACGACAUGAUUGACAAGGCCGGGUCUUGGAUUGCUGCCGCUGAGACCGUGAUUAAGAAGGGCGGGGCCAAGAAGGUGUACUGCAUGGCGACUCAUGGCAUCUUUGGCGGAGAGAGUCUCGAACAACUGCAAGCAUGCGAGUGCAUCCACCAGAUUGUUGUCACCAACAGCUUCCCCAUUGAUAAGGACAGGGCACGCAACAUCAGCAAACUGGUGGUGCUCGACCUCUCGUUCUUGUUGGCUGAGGCCAUUCGGCGCAACCACUACGGCGAGUCCAUCUCGCCUUUGUUCCAACAUUCUGGGGACUAGACAGAUGGAACCUGCUAUACUCUCGCUCUCUUGUCUACCGCCAUGAUGCGACUGCACAAUCUGAGGCGGGUAAUGGCAUACUUCUUUGACGAUAUUCUUAGGGCCAUUCUUUUGGUGUUUUUCUUAGCGAGGCGUCUGGGGAAAGGAACAGCUGGUGCCCUGAGCAGGACUUCAUUCCUUGAGGGCUUACAAACAAAAGCAAAGUAGGUGACGAAUCACGACUACUAUUUCCCGGUCUUUUUGGUGCAGGAGCCUCUCGCGCGUGACAGUGUCCGCCUUUCGUUGUGCUGAUGUGAAUGAAACCGAGCUACAUGCUCACCCAGCGGUGCUGUCACUUGUUGACGGCAAGGGCCCGAUUCACCCCAGAAUGGGUUCUUAACGGAACGUUGGAAGAUGAAACUUUAUCGAACUCAGAAGGCCUGUGACCCAAGACCAUUCGUGGUCUCUCUUGUUCCUUCGGGGGCAAAUGGGUUUUGGGCAAGAGAACUUUUCGAACAUUCAUGUGAGCUUCGGCGAGAUGUAGAGGGCUUGACGGUUUGGCCACUGCCUCAUGGUAUGUCAUUCUCAGGAUGCACUGGACAAGUAGAUUGUCCGAUAGUGGUGGUAGCCCUGGAUUCAAACUUACGAAUAUGAAUAUACCUUGAUAUUCCGUCUU